UAUGGUCUGUUUCGCUCCCAGACAGAACAGAGCACCGGAAGUCGUCGCUGCUCUUUGCACCAAUCAGCUGCCCUACCCGAACAAUAUAUACAGCAGGAUAGCUCGCUGGAAAAUACAGUACCGCACAUUUGGAUUUUAUGAUAGAUGCGGCUUUGUUCUGUUUAUCCGUUUAAAGACGUGUUUGUAAAAUUAACGACGUCGUGUUAGCCGAGACGAUGUGACAGCUCGGUAACGACAGAAAGCCGUUUGUUAGCCACCGUUAGCAAAGGUGUUUUUGAUAGCUAGCCGAAUUAGCCGACGUUUUGUAUGUGAUGACCCGGCGGCUAGUGGACAAAAAGUUGUUUUAUAAAAGCUUUUCAGGGGAGAGUGGUGUGAUGUUGAUGAGCCAGUUGAAUAUUCCGUGUGUCAGCUGUAAGUAAAACAAGACAGCGGACCGGCAGAGUCCGAUGUGUUUCUGUGCGUUAGCAACCUUGCGUGGUUGAACUCGAAGCUAGCGAGAGGACGUUAGCUUAGCUUAGCCGCUACACAAACGACAACAUCCACCAAACUGGACAAAACUUUGGAUCUAGUCGGGUUUAAAUCGGGCUCGGCGGGUUCGCUGACCCCCCAGAAGAAGAUGAAGAAGAGGAAGGAGUUAAAUGCCCUGAUCGGACUCGGGGAUAGUAAGAGGAAGAAGACCAAAAAGGGGUCCGGUCACCGACUCCUCCGAACCGAGCCGCCGGACUCGGAGUCCGACUCGAGCUCGGACGACGACGAGUUCAACAGCCUGAGCAGCGGAGCCAACUUUGGGAAAAGGAGCUACACGCAGUGCUGCAAUGUGUGCUACCCCUUGUUUCUGUUUAUCAUACUGGCUGCCUGUGUCAUGGCCUGUGCCGGACUCAUAUGGAUGCAGAUUGCUCUGAAAGAAGAUCUAGAUGCACUGAAAGAAAAGCUGCACAGCAUGGAAUCCAGUCAGAAGGUGUCAUCAAGUGAAAUUCCAAAACUGAGCGAGGAUCUGAAAAACAAAGAGAGAAAGCUCGACGACAUCGAGAACGGGGACAAGGGACUGAGCAAGCUGUGGUCCAACCUAACAGAAAUGAACAGAAAGAUCAGUUUGCUGGACUCUGCUGUAAACCACUUAAAGGUCAACUUGAAAUCAGCUGCUGAUUUAAUCAGCCUGCCCACUACAGUCGAAGAGCUCCAAAAGAGUGUUGCUACAAUCGGCAGCACACUAACAAGUGUGCAGCACGACGUAAAGACUAUGCAGACUGUUCUUGAAAAUCAGAAGAAAGAUGACGACCUGAAGAAGACAAUGGACUUAACAGACCUGAGAAAAGCAGUGAGCGAGGCUAACAAGACAGAGGAGCUGCAUCACACACAGGCUGAUGAGCAGCUCCACAUCCUCCUCUCUGUGGUCGCAGAUCUUCGUCAGAGAGUGUCGUCAUUAGAGAACGGAUCGAAGCAAAGCUCAAAGGACAAUGACGCAACAGCGCAACUGCCAAUCACCAGUGAAAGUCCAGCAACCGAGGCGGUGAAUGAAGCUACAACAACCAAAGCAACACCUGGGGAUAUACAAGAGAUAUCCACACCGCUGACAGAGCAUCAGGCGAGCAGACGUCCACGUUUCUCAACUUCAAACCGCUCUAAGAGAAAUGUGAGAAGAUGCCCAAAGAAUGUACUCCUGCCUGGUGUCAGCUCUCUGAAAGACUUGGAAGACGUCCUCCAUCAGGCAGGCAUCGGACGUAAUUCACCCGGUUUGACCUACAGCGGCCUGAGACAAAUAUUCGGAACAUCAACUCCCAGCGCUCGUACCAUGGAGUGCUUUGACAGUGACUGGGACCAGAAGUACUCCCCGAAGGAACUUAGAGCUGCUCUAGGUUUGUGAGCACAUUAUCACUGACAGCAGUGAACAGUAUUGGAAUACCCAGCAGGGUCCGGAGACUUCUGAGAUCCUGACCCUGUUCUCUGUAAUUGCUGCACUUUUCUGAACUGAAUAUUUAUCAUACUGAUUGUGGAACAGUGGCGCUGGCAUGCCCUCCCUUACUCACGCCCUCCCCUUCCCGGUCUAUUUCAACACAACCCUUUUUUUCCCACAAAACAUGAGCUUAAAUUUUUAGAGUUAAUCCAAUACGCAGGAUAUUCAGUUCUUUUAGCAACUCCAUGGUUAAUAUGAAAAAACUAAACUGUGGAAAUAAGUGUUGUGAGUUAUUUUAAAUCCAGUUUUCCACCCUCAAUUCUCAGAUUUGCUGUUUUCUUUGCCACCUGUGUUUAGUUUUUGUUCAACCAAACUGUCUCAUCUUGAUGUAACAUUUUUGUAUAGCAUUUCUGGAGGCUGUAAUUGUUACCCCCUUCCCUAUCAACACAAACACCUGGUACAACACACCUGAACCUUAUUUAUAGAACCCGAGAUAGAAUUUGAUGAAUGUUUACAAAUGACUACUAGAAGCAGGAUUUUUGUGAGUCUUUAGUUUUGGUUUUUAGAGAGAUUUCAGACUUAACUGCUGAGCACAGGAGUGCUCUUUUCUAUGCUGAACAAAAUUUCUGCUCUUUUUCUGCUCAUUGUGUUUCUGUUCCUUCGUUCAUCUCCAAUACAUUUAGCUUGAAGUCGUGUGUUUAAGUUUGUCUGUGCAUUUAUCUGUAAUUUUGCUUGUUCGAUUUGGUUUUUUUUUUCUGUUUUCAGUUCUGCAAAGUUUUGAAGGGCUAUGAACACUUUGAAUCAUUCGGAAAGUAUUUUGAAGUGGUAAUUCAUGAGGCAUAUGUAGCAAUAACAAAAA